AUGGCCACAACACAAGAGCUUUUUCGCGUUGAGAGCGCUUCCGAGUGGGCUAAGAAAAACGGAAUCACGACAUGGACAAAGUUCCACUACGGUUCUCAACCAGAUCAGUCAAUCUUCACACCACUUGACACAUGGGGCCAUUCUCUCCGCCAACCUUACUACGGUCCUAUCAUUGAGUCCAGUCAACAGUAUUUUCUCGCCGUCAAUUGGGAGACGGAGGAGGAAUGGGACAAAUUCAAAUUGUCCCCCGAGCAUCAGCAACUAAUGGCCAAUCUGACAACCAACAACGUGCAGCCGGAGACCAAGAUUGUUAUAUUUACCGGUAACAUGUUCGCUAUUGGAUUCACCUCCAACGUCGAGAUUUUCACUGCAUACUGGCCGUCGUCUAUCACUCACGAGGCUCAAACAGCCAUUCGCAAAACCGAGCAACUUGUGGAUCGGGCAGAAAGCGGAAUGCCCAACACACUCUGUUACACCAAGAAACCAAUGUUUGGAUGGAUAUAUGGCCAAAAAGAAUGGAAUGGAGAAAGCGCUAUUGCAAGUGUUUGGACCCACAAGUGGCAGAACCAGGAACUGGAACAAAAGUACAAAACGACUGAGAAGAGGCGUGUUUCGGACAAUGAUGGAAGAUCCUAUAUGCUGGCUGUACAUGUAUUUCAAGAUGACUUGAAGUCUCUCAGUGCUAUUGGAUGGGAGUCAGUCCAUGUGGCUUUCGAGCGUGUUCGAGUUGUGAAAGAGGAUGCUCUAGCGCAUGGCGAAGUAUCUACUGCCGGUACUCCUACGGAGACUGGCUUCCAGCUCUCAAAGACCAAACUGAACCCUAAUGAACAGUCAUCGGUCGGGUCUCCUGAUUCUGAAACCGACUCUACUCGCUUCACAAGUACUACUUUGCCCAGUAUCAACAGCCCCGAGCCAUCCCAGCUCUCUACUGGGAGUACUGUGAUAAAGAGUGGCAUUCCGGAGCCUGCCGUCCUUACAGCCAGUACAGAUGCGUCUAUCACUGGUCCAGAUACUUCAUCUGAUGACACUUCUAGAGCUGAAGCCUCUUCAACUAUCCCAGCUGGACUCGGGACAACCAGAGCUGAGAAUUCGGAAAAGACCAACCCUGCCACUGAGACUUUCGUACCUGAGCCAUCUGGUGUGAGUACCACCAGCACCGAGCAAUCCAGUGGAAGCGCGAACCUUUCUACAGAUAACUUGACAACAAUCCCGGUCACGAGCGAUAUUGGAUCUCCUGCGUCUACCCCGAACUCGAAUGGGCCAAAUAUUUCCACGAUUUCACCUUCCACAGAACACAAUACUUCAACAGCUUGA